AUGGAAUUCCAGUACUCUGAAGUGAUAGAUCCAAGCGUCUAUGAGACGUGUGGACUUGGUUAUGGUAUCGCGCUCCGUAUGCACAAAGACAAACCAACGGAAGUCAAAGGCGCCCUUCGGGCCCAGAAGGACUGGACGAAAAAUGUGAACCCCGUCAAUGGUUAUAACGGUGGACUAGGAGAGCCCUACAGCUUCAUCUGUGUCACGGUCCCUGAGUGUCUACCUGACAGACUUGAGCUGAUCUCGUACGCAAACGAGUAUGCGUUCCUGUAUGACGACAGGAUGGAGAAAUUCGAUCUGAAAAGAGAUACAGGAGAGACCACCGAGUUCCUGGACACUUUUGGGGAUGGCGCUCUCAACUCUAGCGUUAGCACCAAAUGCAGGCCAGAAAAGCGACUGCAAGCCCGAUUGCUGGCUGACAUGAUGGCUGUUGACCCCGAAAGAGCCAUCACUUCAAUGAAGGCAUGGGCACUGUUUGUGCAGUCGGCAGCCAAGACAAGAUCAUCGCCCUUCGAGACAUUGGAAGAGUAUAUGCCCGCACGAGCUGUCGAUGCUGGCGAACUCAUCUGGUACGGCACAUUGACGUUUGGGAUGGCACUCACCAUCCCGGAUGAGGAAAUCCAACUCUGCAUGGAGCUGGCACGACCGGCCUAUGUUGCCUUGGGUCUAGUGAAUGAUCUGUACUCCUGGGACAAAGAGCGGGACGCUGCCACUCGAGCAGGCCAGGACUAUGUGUUCAAUGCCAUAUGGGUCAUCAUGAAGGAAAGAAACAUUGGGGAGGAAGAGGCCAAGUCGGUCUGUCGCGAAGAGGCUCUCAAAGCCAUCUCCACGUACAGUGACACGCUUGAGGAGAGAAGGGAUGACUUGUCACUUUCCCGUGACCUUCGUGCUUACCUAGAGGCGGUGCUGUACAGCUACAUCGGCAAUCUUGUCUGGAGCAUCUACUGCCCUAGGUAUCGGGACUUUUAG